CAAAUGCUCAUUCAGAGGUCAAGACGCGCCUUGCUCAGUCUUUGCUAUCCUUCGGAUUGGGUUUCCAGUGGCAAAGACCGUUGCCCAUCCCAUUCCCACUGCUGUGACGACACUGCUACAAUGUCCUUUUUAUCCCCAAUGCUUCCUACCUCUUGCUCUUAUUGAUAUAGGCUGAUUUCUCUUCAUUCAAUCGUUGUUUGAUGACACCUUACCUAGCCUUGCCUUCAUUCAACCAUCAUUGACCCAAACCGUGGUAGAACACUUCACUCAGCUUCUUCCCUGUUGUUACUGUUGUCAUGGCUGUCGCUAUGGCAUCGCAAUCCUUCACGGACGACCUCAACCUCUGGCAGUUUCCCAUGCCUUCCAAUCUCAAAUCUCCUCAGAGUGUCAACUUCGACAACCCCUCCUCCAUGUUCGACUUUCAAGACCUCUUCUCUCGACCGACGGCAGACAACAACCCAACCACUCUGCCACCCGACGUUAUCCCUCAGUUCGUCCAACCUCAAGAGCUACAUAACUCCCCCACAACAUCCGAAGCAUCCAAUUCGCCUCUCAGCCGGUCAGGCUCUCUCGACCUCAGUGGCCAUGGUUCCCUCGAUUCGAUGACUGACUACACCUCUCUCGAUCGCCAACGCGCCAUCCGCCGGUUAUCUCUCGCAACCUCGGAUUUGUCCAACGACUCGUAUCGACCCCGCAACACACCAGCAAGACCUAGAAAAUCAAUCUCCAGCCGCAUCACUCCCCGCUCCGAUAAGCAUGCUCGAGAGCUGGAGCUGAAUCGCAAAGCAGCUACCAAGUGUCGGAAUCGGCAGAAAGCCUUCAUCGAGAACCUCCAAAACCGCUGCAAAAGGGAAGAAGAAAAGAUGCACGUCCAAACAUCACUGGUUCACGCUCUACAUGACGAGGUCGUCGCUCUGAGGAAUGAGGUGAUGCGACAAAGCUUCUGUGAUUGCCAAUUCCUGAAAGGUGCGCCGCAGGUCCUCCUGGCAUGACGGCCCAUGCUGUAACUCCAUCAUGCACCUACCUACCACGAUACCGCCGUGCGCCGAUCUGAAAGGGCCCAGCGCCAUAGCGAUAACGUACUUCGGCCUCGUGCGAGGUUUGGAGGCAGGGACUUUCUCCUACCUCGGGUACGGCAAAUUGCCCUCCAAACGGUUGUCCGCCCUCCCAUGAGGGAGAAGAGUUGGUCAGGAUGUCCUGAUGAGGAGGACGAGCCAGUCAGUCUCGUGGUUUUGUAAUCCAUAGCGAUUGUUUUGGGGAUCAGGGACCAGAUAACGAGUCCCAUUGGUCAUGCUGUUACGCGAUCACGAAGGAGUGGCUCUUGUCUAUUGCACGGAGUUUCUGUAAUGCCAUAUCGUCUGCAAAACGUUUUCAUGGACAAAACAAGACGAAUCAAGUCAAAUCACGCGAUAACCUAGCCAAUUAUUGACACACUACCAGUUUUCGGAACUGCAUUGAUCUUCCCGGGAC